UUUCUCCGAUCCGAAAGAUUGCGUAGAAAUGUCAUCAAAGAAGAAAAGGAUGGCAAGUUUCUUCUUAAAGGAGCGUUUGUUUUUUUUCUGUUGAUUGGAGAUUUGAGAAACGUUAGCAAGCAUGAAGGCAGUUGUUUAUGAUGGUCCUUUCAAGGUUUCAGUGAAGCAGGUUCAGCAGCCCAAAAUACAACACCCCAACGAUGUGAUAGUGAAAGUUACUUCCACAGCAAUAUGUGGAUCAGACUUACACAUGUAUGAAGGAAGAACGGCAGCAACUCCCGGGAUAGUCUUUGGUCACGAGAACAUGGGUGUUAUUCAAGAAGUUGGUGCUGGAGUCUCACGACUUAAAGUUGGAGAUCGAAUAGUUAUGCCGUUCAACGUAGGAUGUGGUCAUUGUCAAAACUGCGAGGAGCAAAAGUCUGCUUUCUGUACGGAGGUUAAUCCAGGUUUUGCAGGAGGAGCAUAUGGAUAUGUUGCGAUGGGCCCAUAUAUGGGUGGCCAAGCACAGUUUCUUCGUGUGCCAUUUGCAGAUUUCAAUGCUCUAAAGUUACCUCCUGGCAGAGAGCAUGAAAGUGAUUUUGUUUUGUUGGCAGAUAUCUUUCCAACAGGCUGGCAUGGUGUUUCACUCUCUGGUUUCCAACCUGGAGAGAGCAUAGUGGUCUUUGGUGGUGGUCCAGUUGGACUUAUGGCAGCGUAUAGCGCAGUCUUGCGAGGAGCUUCAGAAGUAUAUGUUGUUGACAGAAUAAAGGAACGUUUGGAUAAGGCCAAAGGUAUUGGAGCGAUUCCUAUCAACUUCGAUGACGGAGACGCAGUCGAACAGAUUAUUCGUCGGCGCAAAGGCAAGGAAGUCGAUCGCGCAGUUGAUGCAGUUGGAUAUCAAGCUGUUGAAAAGGGAGGUAAUACGGAAAAGCCAAAUGCUGUAUUAGAGUCCCUAGUACGAGUAGUACGGCCAACCGGUGGAGUUGGUAUUCCCGGACUUUACGUUCCUUCUGACCCAGGAGCACCCGAUGAAGCUGCCAAGAAGGGACACUUGAUGUUUCCCUUUGGCAAAUUCUUCGAAAAGGGUCUCACUAUGGGGACAGGUCAGUGCAACGUAAAGAAAUAUAAUAGAUACCUUCGAGAUAUGAUUAUUUCUGGUAGAGCUAAACCUAGCUUUGUGGUUUCACAUGAAAUCAAGUUGGAUGAAGCACCUGUUGCAUACGAAAAAUUCGAUAAGCGAGUUGAGGGUUAUACCAAGGUUGUAAUUCAUCCGAACGACUAAGUCAUUUUUCAGUUACCCACUAGCCCUCAAGAAAAGUCUUCCAUUUGUUUGUUGUUCGUUCAUAUUAUUUGUUUGUUGGUUGCUUAUCUAUAUAAAACUAAAAACAUACUUGUUAUCCAUGUAA